CAACCAGUUGCUAGCCAACUUUCGACAAGUGCGCAUGCACAAUUUCAAUUCUCCCGCAAGUCCAAGACAAGAAAACACGGCAGAGUGCUAUCAUAUUAUUGAGUGAGAUUCCCCCCCUCUCACGUCCCAUACUUUGAGGCAAACGGAGCAUCACAUCGGGAACAGUUGACGCAGGUCGGAAUGGGAAAAAGGAUGGAAUCGUGGCUGCUCGUCUUGUCCAUCGGAUGCUGGAUUGCGGCCGGCGGCGUGACGGCUCAAUGCCCGUGGUCGCGCAACGUCCCAGGACUCCACGGUUCGUGCGCUUGUUCCUACAAUUUGGCGCAAGAACUGACGCUGCAGUGCGGCCAAGUCAAUUUCACGUUGCUAAUGGACGCGUUGAACGAUCACGCUCAAAGUCAAAUCAUCGACCUGUUCUACGUGCACAACAGCACCGUGACUGAGCUGCGUGACAACUUCCUCAGCCUGCUAACCGUUCACAACGUUCAAAUGUCCCGCUGUCAAAUUCGCAACAUCCAGCCGCGCGCUUUCAUUGGCCAGGAGACGACGCUGAAAAAUCUCAAUUUGCAAGAUAACCUUCUGACCGCUGUGCCAACCGAAGCCCUUCGACCUCUCAAAGCUUUGGCUUUGCUCGACCUGUCCGGCAACCGGAUCAGCCAUUUGUCCGAUGACGCCUUCGGUGCGCUUAAAUUGAACACGCUGAAACUGGCGGACAACGGAAAUAUGACACUAUCGGCGCACUCGUUUCGCGGACUGGAGCGAACACUCAAAAAUUUGAAUCUGAAAGGGACACGACAACGUGAAGUGCCCGCUGAAGCCGUUCGUCCUCUGAGCGCUUUAGCUUUCCUUGAUUUGGCUCAGAACGGCAUCCGCAGUCUGAGUGGCGGCCUUUUUCGACAUCUGGACUCGUUAACGGCUCUCAAUAUGGAACGCAAUUCUCUGUCUACCAUCGAAGCUGAUGCUUUCCAGGGCGUCAACGACACCCUCAGUUCCCUUAGCCUAUUGAACAAUCUCAUCACCGAGUUCCCAUCGCAAGGACUGGCUCCCCUCACGCAACUCAGGGUGCUUGACGUGGGAUUUAACUUGAUGAACGUUCUACCAGACGACGCUUUCUCUCCGUCUUCGCUGCUCACCCUACUGGCACUUGACGGCAACCCAUUAGCUACGCUACCGCGUCAAGCGUUUGCUCAUUUGAAUGGGACGUUGCGCGGUCUGAGUCUUGGCGGGAGAUUCCUCGAAUGCGAUUGUCGACUCCGCUGGGUAGCCGAGUGGAUUCGCGACACUGAUUUGCAAGUGACUAGCCGUGAACGUAGUCCACAAUUUUGCGGAAGUCCUCCUGAUUUCCGCUCUCGAAGUUUCUACCAACUCGGACCCGACGAACUGACAUGUACGGAAGAUGCGACCAAACAGGAUAUCUUCACACCGAUGGUACCUCCAUCGACCACCAUUGUCGCCACUGUCGGUGUUCGCAGUAGUAGCACUGAUCGAACUACCACAAAUCGUGUCGCCGACGAAGCAGACCAACAAGAUGAGGAUAGGGUUCUCGCAUCACCGCCCCCGCUGCCAACGCAAGCGCCUCCUCGCAGGCAACAGGUGCAACCGCAGCCAUCGCUCUCCCGCCCGACUACGGAAGGUGGCCCACCCGCACGGCUCACAUCACCGUCGCCGUCUCACAGGAGCUCUCAUACGCGGCCAGCGACAUCUUCUACCAAUUCGAACAAACUGGUGCGAGGCGGAGUCGGGGCAUCGCGGACCAGACCUUACGGUCCAGGUGGAAGGCCUAAUUUGAUCACUGGAAACGGCAACAGUUAUGCAGGUGACGUGCACGCGUCAGGCAAUCACCUGGACGGUAUCGCUUCGUCAGUCUCUUCCGAUCGCGAAGUGAUCGUGAAAGACGCCUACCGUCAAGAUACUUCCGUCGUAAUCCAAUGGGAUUCUGAAACGCAAAACAUUCUCGGUUUCCGAGUUGUCUACCGUCUCUUUGGCGACGCUAAUUUCCAGCCGGGACCACCUCUCGAUCCAUCCGAACGCGAAUUCAAAAUCAAAAACGUUCCCGCACAGGAGAGUUUGGUGGUAUGCGUCGUUUCGCUGGAAGAAAGCAACGUAACACCGGAAACUGUACCGUUCCCUCAAUGCCGCGAAAUCCGGACUGAACCGCAGGCAGCUUCGCACAUGGACAAAAUCAUCAUCGCGGCCAGCGCUGCCAUUUGCGGAACAGUCGUCGUGGCUGUCGUCAUUUUCAUCUGCUGCAAUCGCAAACGAUCGCUCAAAAGUGAAAAACUAAGACUCAACAACGUCUUGGCGGCCGGCGCCAACGGUGCACAUCAUAAUGGAAUCAGCACCACAGCUACAUCCCUGGCCGGCUCGCAGGUUCAAUCUCCCCUGGCCAGUAUGGGCUCGAUGGGCAUGGGACAACUGGGCGGAAAUGGCAAAGACUGGGACCAACUGUCCAUGUACAGUUCACGAAGUAUACCGAGGGCCAGGAUGUACCACAGUGAGCGACCCGCUAAUUUCACUCUAGGAUCAGUGAUGGGCUCGGUCAACGGUGGGUUCAUCGCCGAUGACGCGCGUUCACACGUUUCCGGUUACUCGGUGAACAAAUCAGGUAACGGCGGAGUGAAUUUGCUACGUUCGAGAUCGCUGAUCGACGGCCCAACGCAGCGAAGUGUUUCGGCAUUAUCCGGUCGGGGUCCUUCGUACCUUCCACCGGGACUCCAUCACGGAAUGGGCGGUGCGAUGGGUCACCAUUUGAGCGGACUUCACGGAAUGGGAUUGGGCCCUCUCGGUAUGGCCGGAAUGGGCGGCAGCAUGAAUGCCAUGGCUGGACUACCUACCCUAUCCGGAAUGGGACUCUCGAGAGCAGAUCUCCGCGCGUCACACCAUUCCUUGGCGGAUUUACGGAUGAGUGAGCUGGCGGCGGCGGCAGCUGUUAAUAAUGGACGGGCAUCGCGCGCUAGCCGCGCAUCAACCAGAGCGGGAAGCCAAUACUCGAGCAGGCGUUCGGAACAAUUACGACGUCGGGCGGCGCAUCUUCAACAGAAUGGACAGGAUUCGUCCGAUCAACAGCAGCAUCAACAACAGACAACUGGAGACGAAAGUAGUUGGGAGACAGACCGCGAACCAGGAGGUAGCAACAGCACAAGUGGAUUGUUGGCCGGACGGCGACCACACCAGCCCAUGGCGGGCAUGAAUUCUCAACAACAAAGACACAACAGCCAACAUAGAUUGCGACCUGGUUCUUCUGUACGUUCUGGCGAUAACGAAAACUGGACCGACCACGAUAUGGAUAUCUACAUGGCUCACAAUACUAUGCGCAAUGACUUGGUUCGUCUCUGAAAAUGAAAUGUGGUUUUCCCUUUGCUCAUUAACCGCUGUUGUCCACGGCGCACGUUUUUCACACAGGUAGAAGGCGAAUAAUUUAGUCGAGCGCUUCAACAUGCCUUAAUUUCAUUUGUUUCGUUUCUUUUUUUGUUUCUUUGGUCAUCUUUAUCGAUACGCGACUCGUUUUGUAUGUUAUUUUAUCAAACGUGGACUUACCCCGGAAUGGUGUAGCCAUGUUCCCAGCGGAAGCGCAGUUCUAGCACGAUCUCGUGCCACAAGUGGGCCACGCCCUCGAUUCCGUUGAGGUGUGUCAUAGUGUAGACGGCUGCAGUGGCCAGCCGCCACACCAAACUGUCCACCGGCGAUGUCUUGAAGGCCGAGAAAAAUUCCUUUAAUCGUUGAAUCAUUUAACUAAUCAGGUCCCAUCUUCCAUCCAAGUUCAUUUCAUUUUUCAUACCUUCCACGUACUGUCUAUUGAUGCGGAACAAUCGGUCUGAAACUGUUCAGGAUAAGGAUGUGUUUGACUCUGUUGCAUUUUUGUUUGUUUGUUUGUUUUGAUUUUUUGAAAAAUAAAAGAAACGUUAAAAGCUG